AGUGGAAGGAGGGCAAAAUCAUUAGAUUGUUCUUAAAGUGAAAAUGGCGACGGAGGUAGAAGUAAGCAGAGAAGAUCAACUUAAGUUUCCGUAUUGGAGUCCGAUUAGACGACGGUUCGACCCGGAAUCUUCAUUCUUCGCUGCCGGCAACGUCGAAAGAGAGCUCCUUGCCAAACAGGUUGCAUUGGAUUUGACCGAAGAAGAGAAGCUGCAGUUUCGCAAUAUGGAAGAUGAAGAAAGCAGUAAAUUAUACUGCCCACUUGUUGGUUGUGGCGCACAUUUGAGAUCUUUGGAUGAGUUUGAAGAUCACUAUACUUCACGGCACUCUGCAGCUUGUUCGGUCUGCUCAAGGGUUUAUCCUACGUCACGCCUGCUAAGCAUUCAUGUCUCUGAAGUUCAUGAUUCUUUCUUUCAGGCAAAAGUCGCCCGUGGUUUUGCAAUGUAUGAAUGUCUUGUCGAAGGUUGUGGUCUAAAGCUGAAGAGCUACAAAGGUCGGCAACAACAUUUGGUUGAUAAGCAUAAAUUUCCGACUUCGUUUGAGUUCUUCAAGAAGGCCCAUCCAUCAAAGAAACAAAGGAAAAAAGACCAGCAUAAACAAGCAUUCGGAACGAAAGAGGCUGCUUCAAGAGCUAUGCAAAUGGAGGAAGACACGAUGGACAACCUUGUUUCAGCUGUCUCUAAAUUGAGCACUUCUGACUCCCCCUCAUCCAUAAGUUUUGGCCGCCGCCAUAAUCGUGGAUUGACAUUUGUUCCUCGGGCUGUUCGGCAGGCGAAGGAACCAGAGUCUUCUGCCAGAAGGAGUUAAAGGCGGAAUCCCC